GCGACAAUGGUGCUCUCCCUGCCUCAUCUCCUCCUCAACAUCUCCCUUCUCUCAGCCAUCGGGCCCCAAGAAACGCCAGUGGAUCGCAGAUGUGUCUCUCUGAGAGAAGAUAGAGGUCCGAGACAUAGGAAUUCCUCUCUAGCUCCUGCCUUCUUCAUCUUUGGCGACUCCUCCGUCGACGUCGGCACCAACAAUUUCCUCGGCACGCUCGCUCGUUCCGAUCUCCCGCCCUAUGGACGAGAUUUUGAUACUCACAAGCCGACGGGGAGAUUCUGCAACGGCAGGCUUAUCGUCGAUUAUCUCGGGUCUACUUUUGCAGCAUUGCACAUGGGACUUCCUUUUGUGCCUGCAUUCCUUGGACAAAGUGGUGAGGUCCACAGCAUGAUUCAUGGAGUCAAUUAUGCUUCCUCUGGUGCUGGGAUCCUCUUCACAAGUGGCUCUGAUCUGGGGCAGCAUAUUUCCUUGACACAGCAGAUUGAGCAAGCUGUGGAUACUUUUCAGCUGAUCACAUUGAGUCUCGGUGAAAGGAGAGCAAACCGGCUAUUUGCUGAAUCAAUUUUCUUUCUUUCAGUUGGUAGUAAUGACUAUAUUCAUCAUUACCUUCGAAAUGCUUCUGGGGUUAAAUCUCUGUAUCUGCCUUGGGGAUUCAAUCAGCUUCUGAUCAGUACUGUGAAGCAGAGAUUGAAGACCCUCUACACAAUGAAUGCUCGGCGCUUUGUAGUAUUGGGGCUGGCUCCUCUGGGUUGCACUCCUCAUUUUUUGUGGGAAUAUCAGAGCAAAGAAGGCGAAUGCAUCAAGGAAAUAAAUGACAUGAUCAUGGAGUUUAAUUUUGGAAUGAGGUACAUGAUAGAUGAACUGAAUAAGGAGCUUAAGGAUGCAAUGUUCAUCUUCUGUGAUGCUUUCUUGGGUUCAGAGGAUAUCAUGAUGAACCACGAGCACUACGGUUUUGAAACGGUUACUGAAGCAUGCUGUGGGUUUGGCCAGUACGGAGGCUGGAUCAUGUGCAUCUCUCCUCAAAUGGCAUGCAAAAAUGCUACCACUCAUGUCUGGUGGGAUCAGUUUCAUCCUACAGAUGCAGUCAAUUCCAUCCUUGCUGAUAACAUAUGGUCUGGAUUGCAUGCCAAUAUGUGCCAUCCCAUAAAUCUCCAAGCUGCGAUGCCAAAGGUGCGUUCUGUGGCGUCCCUAGAAUGAGCUGAUCUGAAAAGUUUGAGACAACAUACCUGUUUCAAUUACUGUAUGUUUGUCACGCUUGAAAAUAGUUGAUGCAAGGGGGUUGGUACACUGGGUUGGGCUUUGGAUGUCAUAAAAGCAGUUAGCACUCAACUUUCGUGGGAACCACACUCGGUGCAAGCCUAAGCAGGUAUACUAUAGGGCCUUGGGGCGGAGGAGAGGUUUAUGCUUCCAGGAGCAUGACUACGUCUCAUGUCCAAGGUGUGUUUUCUUGUGAGAAAUGAGAAAGAAAGAGAAUCGUCAACUUCCCUUUUA